AUGCUAAUAUUACUAGUUAAUUAUCUAAUUUUUAAAUUAGAGAAUAGAUUCAACAGAGUCAUGUUAAUCAUAAGAAGUAUCUUGGACACCAUUGAAUUUCUGAUUUUAUUUUGCUAUUACUGUUUGGAGGCAUUCAUUUUAAUGUUUUUUUGUCUUCGGAAAAAUGUUGCUGGGAAAAUAGUGCUUGUCACAGGAUCUGCAAAUGGAAUUGGAAGAGAGAUUUCCAUAAAUUUGGCACGUCUUGGUUCCAUCCUCAUUCUCUGGGAUAUUGACGAAGAAGGUAACAGUAAAACAGCAGAUCUUGCCAAAGCCAAUGGAGCUCUGGCUGUUUAUACCUACAAGUGUGACCUGCGCAAAAGAGAAGAAAUAUACACAGUGGCAGAACAGGUUAAAAGGGAAGUGGGUGAUGUAGAAAUCUUAAUCAACAAUGCAGGUGUUCUGAAAGGAAAGACUUUUGUUGAUCUUCUUGACUCAGAUAUGGAAGAAACAUUAGAAGUGAACACUGCUGCUCAUUUCUGGACUUGCAAAGCCUUUCUUCCAGCCAUGAUUGAUCGCAAUGAAGGUCAUUUGGUUUCUAUUGCUAGUGUAGGAGCACUAGCAGGGAGCAAUAAACUUACAGAUUAUAGUGCAAGUAAGUCUGCAGCAUUUGGAUUUUUGGAAUCACUUGCUUUUGAAAUGAGAGCUGCAGGAAAGAAAGGCAUUAAAACCACAAUUGUCUUACCUCCAUAUGUCUACACACAAUUGGUUACAGGAGUACAAACAAUCCGGCCAUUUAUACUUCCUAUCUUGGAUGUAGGUGAUGCUGGGAAGAAGAUUGUGGAUGGCAUUCUGAAAGAGAAACUUUAUGUUGUCUUGCCAUCAUAUGCUCGAUUCAUUGCUCUUAAAAUAUUUCUUCCCAAUAAAGUAGUUUUCCUUCUUGUACAAUAUCUUGGUUUCUUCAAUAAUCUAGAUCACUUCAGAGGUGAGGUUCGUAGAGGACAGACAACAAAGGACUAAAUGAGAAUGGAUUCAGCAAAUGACCCCAAGAAAACUGAUCAGAUGGAGGACUGGAUACUUGCUGAUUUUGCAAUAAACAUAGCAACAAGUUCUAAGUGAAUAUGAGCCAUUCCAUCCUCAAAGUGUCUGGCAAACUUCUUACAGCAGGAAAUCAAGGGUUCUAUUGGUGGUUUCUCUCAGCCUCAUCCCAAUCAGCUUUCCACCACUUAGAAUAACAACAGUGGGUGACAUGUUGUGGUUGAAAGAGUGGAAGCAGGGUUUGGGGGUUGGUUUUUUUUGGUAACAAUGUAUUUGUCUUUAAAAAAACACAUCUCAAAGCAAUAAACACACAAUUGAAAUAC